AAACGCGCGCUAAUGUGGUGAAAUGUAAAGAGUUGGACAACAAAAAUUACACGAAGAUGUCCGGUCUUUUAGAUAAAUGUAAGAAGCUGUUUGGAGGGACGACUUUGUACGAUGUACUAGGAAUUGACAGCAGCGCGUCAGCUACUGAAGUGAAGAGAGGCUACCACAAGUUAUCCCUGUCUGUGCAUCCAGAUCGAGUUGCUGAGAAGGACAAAGAGACUGCCACAGAAAAGUUCCAGGUUCUGGGGAAGGUUUAUUCAGUCCUCUCUGACAAGGACAAGAGGGCAAUAUAUGAUGAGUCGGGAGAGAUUGAUGAGGAGAAUGAGACACAAGAACGUGAUUGGGCUAAGUAUUGGAGGCUCCUGUUUGCCAAAAUCUCUGUCAAGGAUAUUCAGGAAUUCGAAGCCAAAUAUAAAGGUUCUGAGGAAGAGUUAUCUGACCUGAAGAGUGCCUACGUGGACUAUGAAGGUGACAUGGAUAAAAUCUUGGAUGGAGUUCUGUGUGCCAGUCUGGAUGAUGAAGGCAGAUUCCGUUCUAUAUUGAAGGGUUGUAUCGAGAGGAAAGAAAUUCCAGAGUUCAAAACUUUUACAAAUGAAAGUAGCAAGAAGAAAAAGAAACGAAAGAAGAAGGCUGAAGCUGAAGCUUUGGAAGCAGAAGAGUAUGCGAAAGAACUAGGACUAGGGGAGGAAAACUCACUGCAAGCUCUGAUUCUGAAAAACCAAAAGUCACGCGAAGCACAGAUGAGUGGUUUUCUGGCAAAUUUAGAGGCCAAAUAUGCUAAGCCAGCAAAAAGUAAAGCUAAGGGGAAGUCAAAUGGAGCGUCACCAUCCAAAAAGAAGAAAUCCUGAUAUUCGUUGUUGUGAUGACUGCUAGUAUUUAGAGUUGUCUGUCCUGCCUGAGGUUUGCAAGGAAAAUGCUGUGCAAUAAGUGCAUUUAUACCAUCUGGACAGCUUUCACUGACGAAAGCUAUUAAGAGCUAUUGUUAACAGUGCUUCUCCAUGACUUGUUAUGACCAGCUUUGUAGGAAGUAGGCUGAGCAACUGUUGAGUCUAAAACUGAUGGCACUUCCAGAACCAACUAACAGUUUUAAUUACAUUCUACAUGUGUUCAGUUGCAAAAUAUCUACCUAUAGAAAUGACUCUGGUCAUCAUCUCCAGAGAAACAUCUAAAGAAAUUCUUGCACAGCAGUGUGUUUUGAGCAGGGUUGUUUAUGUUAUAUUUUCCUGUACAUGUAAAUCAGUUGACCAUUUUGACAUCAAUGAUGCAUUUACUGAUGAAAGAAAAAAAUGAAAUGAAAUAAAUCUUUCAGUCUGUUUUCUA